AUGACAAAAAUCACGAUUUUUACAGUUCUCGUUUAUGCCAUUCUCAUUUCUGUUGCUUUGACCACUGCCAAUCCUAUUAAACGAGGUAGCGGUAAUGGAAACGGUAAUGGCAACGGAAACGAAGGUAGCUUCAAUGGAAACGACAAUGGAAAUCUCAAUGCGGGUAAUGCUAAUGGAAACUUGAAUGGCAACGGAAACGAAGGUAGCCUCAAUGGAAACGAAAAUGGAAAUCUCAACGCGGGUAGUACUAAUGGAAACUUGAAUGGCAACGGAAACGAAGGUAGCCUCAAUGGAAACAAAAAUGGAAACCUCAAUGCGGGUAGUACUAAUGGAAACUUGAAUGGCAACGGAAACGAAGGUAGCCUUAAUGGAAACGAAAAUGGAAAUAUCAACGCGGGUAAUGCUAAUGGAAACUUGAAUGGCAACGGAAACGAGGGUAGUGCUAAUGGAAACUUGAAUGGUAACAGAAACGAUGGUAAUGCUAAUGGAAACUUGAAUGGAAAUGCCAACAACAAAAACAUGUUGUAG